UUGUCGAUGUGCAUGUCAGGACUUGUUGUAAAUGCAUCGAGGAGAGGGCGUGGCGAAACAGCCAACCGCGGGAGUGAAAGCAGAGUAAUACCACUAUGAAACAGUCUCCCCUGUUAUCAACAUUUGGACCAUAGCUCGGCGAUAACGUGUUGGAUAAGCAUCGUUUUCCACGGAAUAAAAUAAGACUAUAAGGUUUGAAUGGGCUGACUGUUUUGAGAAUCGCAGCGGGAAACGUGGAAUGUCACAAACUGCAAGUGGACUUUCUUCCACAUCCAACGCAAGGACAAGCCGCUUGUUGGACACAUUCUGAUGUCAACAAGCCAUCGACAGUGCCUCAACUACAGACAGAUUUACAGUAAUCGCGAAUCAUCAGAUACAUCAAACUGCACCUGGUAUGGCCCGCCCCCAGACGGAGAGUGGAGUGGACCACCAUGGUCGGGGCAGACAACACACCUGCAGCAUGCAAGUCCAGCGGCCAGACGCCUGGCCUGGUGGCAGCAACAACCCUCUCCAGGCUGCAUACCACCAGUCCUGCCAUCUGCUCCCCAACAUGGACACCCAGCCCAGCCAGGGCUCUCUGCCCCCCCAGCCCCAGAGAGAAGCCUCCCCACCCCCAGUGCCCAUCCACUGGACACCCCCACAAGAGCAAGCACAGACCCAGACAGAGAGCUCCAGGACACCACAGCCAGGGAUCCCCUCCCUGACCUGCUGCCCCAGAGAGAUCGCUCUCCCCAGGCUUCUCCCCAGCACAGAGCCCCUGGAGUAGCGGACCCGCGGUUGGACGACGAGGUGGUGGAAUUAGUGGCCAACCAGCUCAAGAGAAUCGGCGACGAUUUGAAUGCUACGAUCGUCCAGAGAAUGGGUGGCAUCCCCCAACGGCAGGGCUGGAGAGGCCUGUGUCUAGGAGUCCUCCGUUUCCUCUCGGAUACCCUCAGCAGUCUGCACCGACUGAGAUAAACUGACUCUGGAUCGGGAUUGGAUGCGCCGGAGCUCCCUACUGGACGAAUCACAGACUGCUUCAGAAUGGACUGAGUCCGCUGGAACGGACGGACCCCUUUUCUUUUGUCUCUUUUGUACAUCUUGUGUGUGUGUGUAUAUAUAUAUG